AUGUCCAACGACGACAAGAAGGAACCAGGCUACGUCCUGGGCACCGAGACGGAUGACUCUUUAGAUACGAUCACUGCUCUGGUCGCCGCAGACCAUCAACAUGAUAUCAAGCUUCGGACUAUGUCCUGGCAGAAGACGGCCUGUUUGCUUGCCGGUGAGCAGGUCUGUCUAGCUAUUAUGGCACAGUCUUGGUCUCUCUCUGUCCUCGGAUGGGUUCCGGGAAUCAUUACUAUGGUCCUUUGCGGAAUCCUUUUCUGGAUCACCUCCAUCACGAUGCAUAAGUAUAUCAUGAAACAUCCUCAUAUCAUGGAUAUCUGCGAUUUUGGAUACCAUGUAUUUGGACAGAGCAAAAUUGCUUAUGUCUUCUCCUCAUUCAUGAUGCUUGCGAACAAUAUUCUUCUUAUCGGAUUCCACGUCUUGACUGGCGCCAAGGUCUUAAAUACUCUCUCAGACCACUCAUUGUGCACUGCUGUCUUCUCCAUAAUUGUAACCAUUAUGGGAAUUAUCAUGUCCAUGCCCCGCACCUUGCAACACGUUAGCUUCAUGUCAAUGUUCUCAUCCGCCUGCAUGGGUAUCGCAAUUCUUCUCUUCCUUAUUUUCGCUGGUAUUGAAAAAGCACCUCUCUACGGGUACAGUGGCAACUACCCUACGGAGGGACCCGUGAAAACAUACGCCUUCCCUCUACCAGGCACCACAUGGGUCGCCUGCAUGAACGCAGUGAUGAACAUCACCUUUAUCUGGGUCCCCCAAAUUCUAUUCCCAACCUUCAUUUCAGAGAUGGAAAGACCGCAAGAUUUCCCCAAAGCAUUGGCUGUUCUUGCCGCGAUCUCCGCCAUCCUCUUCAUCGUCCCUUCAGUUAUUGGAUUCCACUUCCUGGGCCAAUACUCCACCGCCCCAGCCUUUGGCAGUUUAGGAGUCGUUUCAUACAAGAAGGCAUCUUUCGGCUUCGUGAUCGUUCCUACCCUGAUUAUCGGCGUGAUCUACGCCAACGUAACUGCGAAAUUCAUCUACACCCGCAUCCUCGGCAAGUCCCGACACUCGCACAGCCACACCGUGCUGGGAUGGAGUGUGUGGGGGAUAAUCAUGGUCGGGAUCUGGAUCCUUGGGUUUAUCUUCGCGGAGAUUAUUCCCAGCAUGGGUGAUUUCCUUUCCCUGCUCAGUGCGGCCUUUGAUUCGUUCUUCGGCUUCAUUUACUUCGCCAUUGCAUACUGGCAGCUGAACCGGGGAUCCCUUUUCAGUGGUCUGGGAAGGACUGCGCUGACUGUGCUCAAUAUUUUUAUCAUGGCUGUUGGAUUGUUCUUGUUGGGUCCUGGGCUGUAUGCAGCUGUUGAGGCGAUCAUUGCUGACUACGCGGGAUCUGUCACGCCUGCCUUUACUUGUGCCAACAUGGCUCUCUAA